AUGAGUUCCUAUUUGUCUGGUAAAAAAGAUACUUGUGGCAACCGUUUGAGGAUACCGUUUCCGAAACUAACACCAAAUGCUGAGGAAGGUUCCGAGAUCGAGUUUGAGGGGUGGCUUCAUCUGGGGGAGCCGAUUCAGGAGCGGGACUUUCACAUAAACCGAAGGUGCCAACGACCUUGCUCCACCGGCAACAUCUGUUCACACUCGUGUAAAAAGGAUGAUAAUUUAUUCCACAAUCAAGGAUAUACCAACGUAGAGGUCGCCUCCAACUGCAGGCACGGCCCUAAUCACGUGUGUACGCACAACUCAGAAACCGUUAACGUCGUGAACAGGAAGGGGACCUGUGCAAAUUGCGUCUCAGGAAACAACACUCAUGGAGCUGGCUUCAGACAAAACGACCAGGUUUACUAUGUCACCAACAAGCCGAACCCUCCCACUGUCGUUGUUCAGAAGCCGCACACCGUGGUUGUGAGGAACCGUUCGACUCCUCCCAUUGUCGUCAGACAGCCUGCCCCGAACGUUAUUGUAAAGAACGAGCGCCCUCAGCCUAUUUAUGUUCAAAACUGUCCACCUAACGUCAUUGUUUCAAAUCCUCAAGACUCUCCUCCCAGGAACUCUCCCUGCAUGUCUAACGUUCAAAACGCUCAGCAUUUCGCCAGGUUCAACGGCCCUGCUUUCGGGCGGCAGCCUGCUUGUGGCAUCGGGAGGACUCAGCACAAUCCUGGCGCGAGUUGCAGGAACCAUAAGUCACAUAAUUGCAAUAACUCUAACUAUGUAAAUUUUUAA